CUUUACCUGCCCAGGCGCGGGGAGCGGGGGGCGGGCGGGGCGCCGCGGGGCUGAGCCAGCGGUCAAGGAACCCGGGCCCUAGGAACGGCUGGGGCAGGCCCAACCCGUCAGGCCCCGACCAGGCCCACCCCGUCCCCACCCCCGUCCCGCCCUCUUCCUCUUUGUGCCUCCAGGCGGCUCCACAGCGUGAGAAAUUCCAGGUCUCUUUUAAAGCUCUUCUUUAAGUGGUGGGAGCCUGGCCCUUUAAAUAGUCCGUGUCGGAGGCUAUUUUAAGGCUUCCGGUCAUGCGCACAGCGUAGUGCAGAGGAAUUCCUUCACCUGGUCAUGAGGAACAGUUGGCGCAAAGGAACUGAAGAAGGCCAGUGAAGCUGGAGUAUAGUGGAUAAUGGGAAAAAGGUACAAGAUAAAUUUGGAGAAUAGACAGAGUCCAGGAUCUUAGAAGUCUUCGGAAGCCAGGGCAUUGUUAUUUAAGAAUGGAAGAGGAUACAGAUUUUAGAAUCAGGUUUAGUUCUUUGUGUUUCAUUACGGAUCACGUUGGAUUUCAUGGCACCAUAAAAAGCUCACCAAGUGACUUUGUUGUUAUUGAGAUUGAUGAACAGGGACAGUUAGUUAAUAAAGCCAGUGAUGAAGCUAUUUACAAGGUUAAUAAAAUACUACCUGGGCCAAAUAAUUUGGCUAAAAAAACAAAACUGGAUCCUCAAAAUUUAUCCUUUGAAGAGAGAAGCAAUCAAGAAGUCAAUACUUUGGCUGGGUGCUCUGGUGAUGACCAAAAUUAUGAGCCUGGUUCAGAAAAGGAAGAUACUAUCAAAGAUGGAACUUCCAAAGGUGAAGAAGAAAACAUUGAUGUAUUAGGAUCCUUGUUAGAUGAAAAAACUAAUGAAUUACUGAAUCAGUUUGCCUGUGAUAUAAAAGAGAAGUGGAAUUCUAAAACUGAACUAAUUGGACCAUCUCCUGAAUUCUCAUUAGGCAGAAUCCUUGACAAAAACCAGAGGGCUAUUUUGCAUAGUGCUAUUAGGCAGAAAUUUCCUUUUUUAAUAACUGUAGGGAAAAACAGUGAAAUUGUUGUGAAACCAAAUCUUGAGUAUAAAGAACUCUGUCACUUGGUAUCUGAAGAAGAAGCAUUUGACUUUUUUAAAUAUUUAGAUGCAAAGAAAGAAAAUUCCAAAUUUACCUUUAAACCUGAUAUAAACAAAGAUCACAGAAAGGCUGUCCACCAUUUUAUCAACAAAAAGUUUGGAAAUCUUGUGGAAACCAAAUCUUUUCCUGAACCGAAUUAUAGUGCUGAUAAUCCAAAUGUAGUGAUAACAGUAAGAUUUCGGGAAAAAGCACACAAGCACAGGAAAAGAUCUCUUCUUGAAUGCCAGGAAAGAAAAGUUAUAUACACAGCCUUUACCCUUCGAAAAGAAAAUCUGGAAAUGUUUGAAGCAGUUGGUUUUUUAGCUAUCAAACUUGGAGUGAUUCCUUCGGAUUUUAGUUAUGCAGGACUUAAAGACAAGAAAGCCAUCACUUAUCAAGCAAUGGUUGUUAGAAAAGUGACACCAGAGAGGUUGAAAAAUGUUGAAAAAGAAAUUGAAAAGAAAAGAAUGAAUGUGUUUAAUAUUCGGUCUGUAGAUGAUUCCCUUAGACUCGGUCAGCUCAAAGGAAAUCACUUUGAUAUUGUCAUCAGAAAUUUAAAAAAUCAAAUAAAUGAUUCUGCAAACCUGAGAGAGAGAAUUUUGGAGGCAGUAGAAAAUGUUAAGAUUAAAGGGUUUGUGAAUUACUACGGACCACAGAGAUUUGGGAUGGGAAGGAAAGUUCACACAGACCAAAUUGGAUUGGCUUUGCUGAAGAGUGAAUUGGUGAAGGCUGUAAAAUUAUUUCUUACACCAGAAGAUUUGGAUGAUCCUGUAAAUAGAGCAAAGAAAUAUUUUCUUCAAACUGAGGAUGCUAAAGGCACACUUUCACUGAUGCCUGAAUUCAAAGUUCGGGAGAGAGCAUUGUUGGAGUCCUUGCAUCGCUUUGGCGUGACAGAGGAGGGCUGUAUCCAGGCGUGGUUCUCUUUCCCCCACUCCAUGCGCAUAUUCUACGUUCAUGCAUAUAGCAGCAAAAUCUGGAACGAGGCAGUAUCUUACAGACUUGCAACCUAUGGAUCAAGAGUGGUGGAGGGUGAUUUGGUCAGUUUGGAUGAAGAUAUUGCCGAUGAGCAUUUACCAAGUAGUAAAGUUCAUCUAGUAACUGAAGAAGAGGAAUCAGCUAAUACAUAUGCAAUACAUCAGGUGGUUCUUCCAGUGCUUGGAUACAAUAUUCAGUACCCAAAGAACAAACUAGGGAAGUGGUACCAGGAAGUACUCAGCAGAGAUGGACUACAGACAUGUAGAUUUAAAAUACCUACUCUGAAACUGAAUGUUCCAGGAUGCUAUAGAAAGAUUUUGAAACAUCCCUGUAAUCUCUCAUACCAACUAAUAGAAGACCAUGAUAUUGAUGUCAUGAACGAAGGUUCCCACAUCGAUGAAGCAACUUUAUCUCUUUUGAUCUCUUUUGAUCUUGACGCUUCGUGUUAUGCUACAGUUUGUCUGAGGGAAAUAAUGAAGCAUGACUUUUAAAACUGAUCCCCUUAAUAUAAUCGUGUAUGUGCCACUUUUUAAAGGAAAGGGAGCUAAAGUUUCUUGAGCAUCUACCAUGUGCUAGGAGCUUUAUAAUUGUUAUCUCCUUUAAUUACACAACAUCCUGAUGAAGUAGGAAUUUGAUACUAACAUUCCAGAGGACAUAUAACUAGUAAGUGGCAGCAUCUGAGUUGAAGACUCCAAAGCCUUUGUUCUUUCUAUUAUCUAAUAUCUCGGUGACCUUUAGUCUGUGCUAUAAAAGUUACAGUCUUUCUGGACUAUUAGGAACAUAUAAUACUGCAGGAUGACAUUAAAGAAGAUAACAUUAAAGAAAAACAUUUUUGGAGUAAUGUUUAUAUCCUCAAGCUCCUUGCUUAGAAUGUAGAUGAAACUUGGUUGUAAUGAAAACAGGGUUGGAAAGAUAGAUGAAGCAUUUUGUUAAUUAUUGCCAUUCUUUCCUAUUUUUGAAAUUAUUGAUCAGAACAGUACAUCAGGAAAAUAUAAUCCCUCUAUUUAUGAUAGCUACCCCAAGGUAGUUUACCCCUUUAUGAGGGAAAUAAUCUUUGAUGAAGAUUGAAAUAAAAUUUAUCCUACAGUUUCUUUAUCUUGACACAUAUUGACCCUCCACUUUUUUGUUAUUUUUGUUCUAUCAUCUAAAAUAUAAAUUUUUAGAGUCAGACUGAUCUGUGCUCAGACUCCACCUCUGACACUUACCAGUGACUGGGUGUUAUUGAUUCUUUUCGAGGCUCAUUUAAGGAAUCAAGAUAGCACCAAUCUCAUAAGCAGCAAACAAUAGAAUUAUCUCCACCUUUUUACGUUGCUGGAGGAAGAAAACAUUUUACCCAUUUCGAAAAUUCUAUAUUUGUUGGUUUAACUAUCCCGCAUCACAAACCAUCCUUAUCCACUUUACAUCAGUAAGGACUUGAAUAGACUUUGGACCAAAUGAUGAGUAGUCACCUAGGUUUUUGCAGUUUUUCUGGAGCAUUUCAGGCUUUCAGAAGAAGAAUCUUUGAAUCAGCUUUAAUUUUCAACGUUGCAUUUGAAACUGAGCAAUAGUGCCUCAGGAUUACUAAGGAAACAGAAGAGAGCAUCUUUGAGUUAUAAAUCAUGGAAGAUUAUCCUGGCCUCUCCUGCCUAACCAAGAACCUCCUGCAAGUUGCUGGCCCAGGAAAAUUCAAGUCAUUCAGUAAUGAGUAGCAAAGGAAACUGGCACAGUCUCAACACAAAGGUAAACGUGGGAGAAAAAGAUAAACUUGUGGAAAAGAGCAGCAAAAUUUACCAACAGCCUGCAAAAAGGUGACCAUGAAGAUAAAAAUUGUGCCACACUUUUAUUUUAUUUUUUGGUAAAGCAAUCACUUCUGUGAAAGAAAACAAAAAAGAAAUGGAAGAAGAAAGAAAAGAACGUAGGAAAUAUAACACAAGAUAAAGGAAGGAGGAGAGGAAACCUGAGACAGCAGAUUUCAAGAAAGGUGCAGAAAACAAAACCAUCAGAGAAAUGAAGAUGAAAUUGAAGCAAGCACAAAAAGCAGUAGACAAUGAGAAGAAUACAAGGGACAAAAAAGCAACUGGAAACCACCCAAACGUCUAUAAAAGGAAAAUGGAUAAAGAGAUGGUGGUGUAUUCAGACAAUAAAAGAAAAAUUUUAAGAUACGUGCGACGGCAUGAUGAAUAUCAAAAAUAUUGUAUUGCAUGAGGGAAACCAGGAACAAAAAGAGGACAUGUGCUGUGAUUCCACUUAUAUGAAAUUCAAAGAAGGCAAAAUAAA